AUGUGUCAGUAUGUGGAAAGCGGACACGUGACUGUGGUGACAGUCUGUAAGCUGUGUACUGCAAGCUGAACGUACCACCACCUAUCAGUCAUUUGCAUUAUCCGCCGUUUUAGCUAAAAACCGCCGAGAACAUGGGACGAAAAGUGACUCUCGCGACCUGCUCCCUGAAUCAGUGGGCUUUGGACUUUGAAGGCAACUUGGAGCGAAUACUGAAGAGUAUUGAGAUUGCCAAGACUAAUGGAGCCAAAUACAGACUGGGCCCAGAACUGGAGAUAUGCGGGUAUGGCUGUGCGGACCACUUCUACGAGUCAGAUACGUUGCUCCACAGCUUUCAGGUCCUGAAGAAGCUUCUGGAAUCUCCCAUCACCAAGGACAUCAUCUGUGACGUGGGAAUGCCCAUCAUGCAUCAUAAUGUGCGCUACAACUGUAGGGUCCUGUUCCUCAACAGAAAGAUACUGCUGAUCAGACCUAAAAUGCUGAUGGCCAACCAUGGGAUCUACAGAGAGGUGCGCUGGUUCUCACCUUGGAAUCAGUUGAGGAAAGUGGAGGAAUAUUUCCUGCCCAGAAUGAUCCAGGAGGUAACUGGCCAGAAUACCGUCCCAAUUGGUGACUGCGUGCUAUCCACAAAGGACACCUGUAUUGGCACUGAGAUAUGCGCAGAGCUUUGGAACCCCAGAAGUCCCCAUAUUGAGAUGGGUCUAGAUGGGGUUGAAAUCUUUACUAAUUCAUCUGCUAGCCACCAUGAGCUCCGCAAGGCAGACCAAAGAGUCAACCUGAUCAAGUCAGCCACAAGCAAGAGUGGAGGUAUCUACCUGUAUGCCAACCAGAGGGGCUGUGAUGGAGACCGUGUCUACUAUGAUGGUUGUGCCAUGGUGGCCAUCAACGGAGACAUUGUUGCACAGGGAGCACAGUUCUCACUAAAUGAUGUGGAGGUGAUUAUGGCCACAGCUGAUCUUGAGGAUGUCCGCAGUUACAGAGGAGAACUAUGCCAGCCACACAUGCAAAGUGAAACCAAACCUUGCCACAGGGUCAAAGUUGACUUCUCUCUAUCUACUGGUGAUGAUCUCUACCUCCCUACGCACCAACCUAUAACAUGGCACUUCCAUACACCAGAGGAAGAGAUCAGUCUAGGGCCGGCCUGCUGGCUGUGGGACUACCUGAGGAGAAGUGGACAGGCUGGUUUCCUGUUGCCUCUGAGUGGAGGUGUCGACAGCUCUUCCACCGCCUGUAUUGUCCACUCGAUGUGUGUGUUACUCUGCCAGACAGUACAGGAUGGAAACAAGCAGGUACUGGAGGAUAUCCGCAGGGUAGUUGGAGAUGACUCCUACUGUCCCCAACAUGCAAAGGAGCUUUGUGGUCGCAUCUUCACUACCUGCUACAUGGCCAGUGAAAACUCCUCAGAGGACACACGCAACAGGGCCAAAGACCUGGCCAAUCAGAUCGGCAGCACACACAUGAGUAUUAACAUAGAUAUGGCAGUGGAAGGCAUUCUGGGUAUCUUCUCAGCAGUUACUGGAAGGUGGCCUCAGUUUCGUGCCAAUGGAGGAAGCCACAGAGAAAACCUGGCUCUGCAGAAUGUGCAGGCUCGGGUCAGGAUGGUCUUGGCCUACCUGUUUGCCCAGUUGAGUUUGUGGGCCAGGGGUAAGCCAGGCGGAUUGCUAGUGCUGGGAUCAGCCAACGUAGAUGAGAGUCUAACAGGAUAUUUCACAAAGUACGACUGCUCCAGUGCUGACAUCAACCCAAUAGGAGGCAUAAGCAAGACAGACCUGAAGAGUUUCCUGCUUUACUGUGUUGAGCAGUUCCAACUCACUGCUCUGAGAGGCAUACUAGCAGCUCCACCCACAGCUGAACUGGAGCCACUAACAGAUGGACAGGUGUCGCAAACAGACGAGGUAGACAUGGGGAUGACCUACUCAGAGUUAUCGGUGAUCGGGCGUCUGAGGAAGAUCUCUAAGUGCGGUCCCUUCAGUAUGUUCUGCAAACUCAUUCACAUGUGGAAGGAUGCUCUCUCACCCACUGAGGUGGCCCAGAAGGUGAAGCACUUCUUCAGGAUGUACUCAGUGAACCGCCACAAGAUGACCACGGUGACGCCAUCGUACCAUGCUGAGAGUUACAGUCCAGAUGACAACCGCUUUGACCUCCGACCUUUCCUCUAUAACACACGCUGGAGCUGGCAGUUCAGGUGCAUCGACAACCAGGUGUGCCAGAUGCCAGCGAACGCCUCAGAGCAAUAACAGCCUGAGGUUUGCAGCAGUGAAAAUCCAUGACAGCUGUGACAGAUCUCAAAGAUCAAUUAUCCCUUGGUGAUUUUCUACAGCUCUCAGUAAAGCCAAAUACUUGUGCUUACAAGUACAGGGCUAAGUCUUGAUUGAAAAACAAACAAACAAACAAACAGUCCUUGUCACAUUUGUGACAGUUGACUACAUGUCAACUACAUGUCAUCAUUCCCAAAAGUUAAGAUGAAAAACAAUCAUUGCAAGUCUUUCCUCAUGUGAUAUGCAGUAUUGUAGUCACUUGUAGAACACAUUUAACAUAUUAAAUCAAUAUGUAAGAAAUUAAAGAAAACUUACAUGUUAUCAAUACUAAGUAAAAUCAAUAAUUUCUAUAAAAUCUAUUUUAAAGUUCAACCUGAUGUUGUCCACUGCUGGUUUUGCAGCUGAUGUCUUACUUAAACUGUAUGUGAUCUAGUGAAUAUAUAUUAUGCAACAAAAUCAACUAAAACCAGUUAGAUCCUCAGAAAGGGUUUAAUUCACUCUGUUGUCCACGGUUGACCAACAUGACACAGUAUUUGCAGUAUUAGUUUUUCCUCUGGAGGUCCAUGAAGGCCUGUAAAUCACUGACAAUAAUCAUACACAUUAUACACACACAUAAUCCAUCUAAUCUGUCACUACAUGAUCUAUAGAAAUGUUUGUUGAUGGAAUGAAUAAAACAUGCUCAGUGGAUUCACUGGUGGAGGGUUAACACUGUCACAGACCUUUUGCUGUAAUGACUGGCACUCUGAGGUUAUUGAAUUACACAGUGUUAAAGUGAUGAUGGACAUAUUAAAUGGAUUCAGCUAUAU